AGAGAAAAAUAAAGAAAAAUGGACAGAGGAAACUGCUCAUCCAUAAAUGAAUUCAUUUUAUUGGGAAUCACCACUAACACUGAUACAAAACUGAUCCUUUUCAGUGUGUUUCUACUUGUCUAUCUCACUAACCUCCUGGCAAAUCUUGGAAUGAUCAUCUUAAUUAGACUGGAUUCCCGGCUGCACACCCCAAUGUACUUUUUCCUCAGCCACCUCUCUUUCUGUGACCUCUGCUACUCCACUGCAGUUGGGCCCAGGAUGCUGGUCGACAUAUUUGCCACAGACAGGUCCAUUCCCUUCUAUGGCUGUGCUCUGCAGUUCCUGAUCUUCUGUAUCUUUGUAGACUCUGAGUGUCUGCUGCUGGCAGUGAUGGCCUUUGAUCGCUACAAGGCCAUUAGCAACCCCUUGCUCUACACAGUCAACAUGUCCAGCAGGGUGUGCUCCCUGCUCAUGGCUGGGGUUUACCUAGUGGGAAUGGCAGAUGCAUUGUUACAUACAUCAUUAACAAUCCGCUUAUGCUUCUGUGGGUCUAAUGAGAUUAACCAUUUCUUCUGUGAUGUCCCUCCUCUGCUAUUACUGUCCUGCUCAGAUACACAGGUCAAUGAGUUGGCAAUCUUCACUGUUUUUGGUUUUAUUGAACUGAGUACCAUUUCGGGAGUUCUUGUCUCUUAUUGUUACAUCAUCUCAUCCAUUUUGAAGAUCCGCUCUGUUGAGGGACGGUUCAAAGCUUUCUCCACCUGCACCUCCCACUUAACUGCAGUUGCCAUUUUCCAGGGCACCAUGCUCUUCAUGUACUUCAGGCCAAGUUCUUCCUACUCUCUAGAUGAGGACAAGAGGACCUCACUGUUUUACACCCUAGUGAUUCCUAUGUUGAACCCUCUGAUUUACAGCCUGCGGAACAAGGAUGUGAAAGAGGCUCUGGAAAAACUGAAAAAUAAAAGGUGGUUUUAA